AACUUUCCAGCUUUUUUUACUACCUGGGCGUUUUUAACUGCACUACCAUCAAGCGAGUUCUUAUUUAAUUGGUCUCAGACUAGCUUGCCCUAGUCAUCGUCAGGAGACUUGGAAUCUUAAAUGAAAAGAUAUUCUAUGGAUUGAGAGGAUUUGUUGGAGUUUUGUGAAAAUGACUCUUUGGUUUGAUGAGCUGUUGCUGACGAUAGGGCUGGAGCCCUUGAUGCUGAAACUCAGUCAUAAUCUACCGAUUCGACGCUCAGUGCAUAGGAGCCCUCUAUGGGUUGUUCAUGGGGUCAAAACUGGUUAUCUGAGCCUGAAGGAUGGGCAGAGAGAUGGAGAGCUGGUCCGAGUUCAAAUGUCCAAAGAAUCUCUCAGCUUACAACGAGAGGAAACAUUCCUGGUCAGUCCCGUUGAAAUAGACGAGCUGAAUGGCCCUGAUGUAGAUUCAUCAAAGGAAAGAACAGUGAAGUUAAGGAGGCUCAAGGUUGGAGGUCUGGGUCUUAGCAUCAAGGGAGGCUCGGAGCACAAUAUUCCCGUCUUAGUGUCAAGAAUCUUCAAGGAUCAAACAGCUGAUCAGACUGGUGGCCUGUUCGUUGGGGAUGCAAUCUUAAAGGUGAAUGGAAUGUCCAUAGAGAGAGCAUCUCAUGAUGAAGCGGUUGCAGCUUUAAAGAAUGCAGGAUCUGAGGUUGUGCUAACAGUCAGGCAUUUUAGAGCGGCAACACCAUACCUUAAACAAGCUGCUAAACUAGCAGAUGAAAAAGAGUCCGAGCAGUCAAACUCAACCCAAAACCACGACAUCAACUGGCAAACAAGAAACAGUGCGUUGAGUCAGCAGCAAGAGGCGGUUGCCAAGCAACCAAAGCCUGAGAAGAGAUGGGUAGAUCUUCUGUCCAUCCCACUCCUCACAGCGAGAAUUUCACGGUAUACGCCGGGAACGGACAAGCUAAGACCCAACUCGUUUGAGCUUGUUGGAAUGGAUGGCGUUUCGUCAGGUAUUCUUGUAUGUCACAAUGCAUCGGAGCUCAACGACUGGCUUAAAUGUAUCUCCGCAAAUAUUGCAACAUUGAAUGCACAAUCUAUGAAGAUCACCAAUAAUCUACUUCCACCAGCCGACCAGAUUCUCCACAUGGGCUGGAUAGGGGAGAGGCACACCACACCGGUUCAAUUAAACACAUGGAAACCAAAAUUCUUUGCCAUCAGGGGCUCUGAUAUCCUGCUGUUCAGUACUCCUCCAGUAAACACAAGAGAUUGGGUUCGAUGUGAGAGAACGUACAAACUGUAUGAAAUCAUCACCAGAGUUUAUAAGGAUGCAGAGCUACUAGACGACAGGCCACACUGCUUUACACUACAGACAGGAGAGAGUUUUGAUAACCAACAUUAUCUAUGCACCCAGAGUAGAAGUGAGCUCAACGUAUGGCAGAGUGCCAUCCAACGGGCAACGCAUACCGUGGUCUCAAAACUAGGAACAAAAACUUAUGGAUGUACGUGGCGCAAAAAGGUGGUGGGUUUGACCUUUGACCUGUCAACCGGCUUCACAUUAUUUGAUGCACAAAACAAGCAAGCAAUUGUUUGGAGAUAUCGCUUCUCUCAGUUGAAAGGCUCGUCUGAUGACAACAUUUCCAAAGUGAAGCUGCAGUUCCAGAAUCCUAACACAGACCAGGUUGAAACGCAGGAGUUAGAAUGUCCACAUCUUCGGAAGUUACUUCAUUGUAUGCACGCCUUCUUAUCCACAAAGCUAGCCUUAGUUGACCCAACCUUCAUGAGGAACACAGCAGCAAUGCCUGGUGACUUAAACUGCUGAGGUUAACAGAACACGUGUCUGGUCUCCAGACUUCUUAGAUUGACAUUACACAUGUCUGGUCUCCAGUCUCCAGUCUCUUCUCUGAUGACCCUGAUAUUUUAUCGUUGCCACUCUGGAUUCCAUACCUGCGCAUGUCAUGUAUACAAUCGAACCGGACUGUUCUUACGCAAGAGCCCUUGUGGGAUCUUGUGGACAAUAGAAAAAUAGACCUUACAAAGUUUUACUUUGUUCAACUUGGACCCCACUGAGGAAGUCGUCAGAAACAGAAUAAUAUAACAACAAUGGCAGGAGGACACCACAAACUCGGUCUGUGAAAUAAAAUGUGCCCGAAGACGCAAUGAUAGAGGGCGCACUAUGCGUAUGUAUAGGACGCACUUUGCAUUUGUUUCCUACAUGUGCGUAGUACUACAUGCGCAGUAACGCACUUACUCGAACGACUCAGUUGUAAGCCUUCUCAAUCAUCGGUACCACGGUAUUCAACACUCCAUUGACUUCCGCGUUUACGCUAUAGUGUCAAUGGUUCCCAUGUUAGCAUGGAACAGGCUACCAGGACCACGGAAGAAACCAUGGGCUCAAGGCUGGUUCCAAGUUGUCAACCUCGGUAGGCAACCAACGGUCGACCAGCUUGGGUUCGAGUCAGUUAACCAUGGUGCACACUCAAACUUUCUUCUCGUGGCUUGCCUGGUCUUGUCACCUGAGAAAGAGGCUACAUCCAUCUAUUUAUAGAACAUGAUGUAACGAUACGGUAGGUUGGUGCCGUUGGUUUUGUUUGUGAAGAAAACCCAGCCUCAAAACAGCAUUUUGAAACCUGCCAAUGAAGCUACAGUUGUUAAUAACGACAUUCGAUUUAUCAGAAUGUACAAUCAGUUAUUAAGGAACAAAAUUAAUCAAUGAAAUAUAAAGCUGCUUAAAAAAAAAACUGUUAUGAUAUUUUAUAGAAUAUUUUGGUUGUAUCUUGUGGUUUUUUAAACAUAGUCAAAUUGUUCAACAUGUUCAAGUACUUCUGGGGCUACAGUUUCCUGUGGAAGUUCCCCAUAAAAUCAAAAUUUACACUGAUGUAUUUUCCAAUUGGUGUUAAACAGUUCUUCUUUUUCGACUCCACUUCUAGAAAAGUAACAGGUUAGUUGUGAAAGUUAGAGAAAUGUAAUGAAUGUUUUACUUCAAAAACCCAAAGUUGUAUACCCUUUUUCCAGUUUUUCCGUAUGAUUUUUUAUAAUAGCAUUUUUCAUCAUUGAAUGAUAAGCGAUUCCAGCCUGCAAUACGAUGUCAUGUGGUGAAUGCAUCUACCCAGUACACAGUCAACCCUCCUACCGUCUGACCAUUUGUUAUCAUCCACUGUGGUUUUCAAUGAUGGCUGAAUUAUAAUAUAUCAACCUGCAAUAUGACAUCAUGCGAUUGAUGCAUUUUCAUGGUACCCAGUCAACACACAUUGUUGUAAUAGAUGUUAAAUUUGCAUCGGGGAUAAAGAAUAUUAAUUUUGUUUUU